GAGCCGUUUCUUUUAAUUAUUAUAUUUAAAUUAAAAUAUUCAUAAAUAAAAUUCUAAUUUUAUUUGUUUAAAUGUAUUAUUAAAUGCAAAAAUAUAAUUUCGUCGGCCUAAUUUCAAAACUCUAUCUACAUUUUUUAAUUUUUUUUUGAGGAAGCUACAUUUAUUAUUUGGGAAUAUUAAAUGACAUACCACAAUAUAUUGAGCAAUAUAGAUAUAUUAUCGUUUCAGUCUUAAGUCCAAAUACAAGGGUUUUAGUUUUAGUGCACACCAAAUUAGCAGUUGCUACAAUUUAUAGCAGAGAAAGAGCAUCAAUGGCCGCUGCUGCUCUCACCUCCGCCCGCUUAUUCAAACUCAAGACCACCAACUAUUCAGCUGAAUGCCCUUCUGCCAACAACUCCUUCAAAUUGAAGCCGAUCAUGGCCACCCUCACUGCCGCACCCACCGUUGGAAUCUCUGAAACUUUCUCCAGAUUGAAAAAACAAGGAAAAGUGGCACUCAUUCCGUAUAUCACAGCUGGUGACCCUGACCUUUCAACAACUGCAGAAGCGCUAAAGGUCCUCGACUCAUGUGGCUCAGACAUUAUUGAACUGGGUGUACCUUAUUCAGACCCUUUAGCCGAUGGUCCUGUUAUCCAGGCUGCUGCAACACGAGCAUUAGCCAGAGGAACCAACUUUGAUAUGAUCAUUGCAAUGUUGAAGGAAGUGGUGCCUCAAUUAUCUUGUCCAGUUGCAUUAUUCUCAUAUUACAAUCCAAUACUCAAACGUGGUGUGGAGAAAUUCAUGAGCACUUUGCAGGAAACUGGAAUACAUGGACUUGUUGUUCCAGAUGUGCCUCUAGAGGAGACUGAUAUAUUGAGAAAGGAAGCUGCCAAUAAAAAUAUUGAAUUGGUGCUGCUGACAACACCAACCACUCCAACAGAAAGAAUGAAAGCCAUUGUUGAAGCAUCAGAAGGUUUCGUCUACCUUGUGAGCUCGGUGGGAGUUACUGGAGCACGAGCAUCUGUCAGUGACAAGGUUCAAACUCUUCUAGUGGACAUCAAGGAGGCAACGAGCAAGCCAGUAGCAGUUGGUUUUGGCAUAUCGAAACCGGAACAUGUUAAGCUGGUGGCCGAUUGGGGAGCAGAUGGUGUGAUUGUUGGUAGCGCCAUCGUAAGAAUACUUGGUGAUGCAAAAUCACCUGAAGAUGGGAUAAAAGAACUAGAGGUGUUCACCAAAAGCUUAAAGUCCGCCCUUGUAUGAUCAACAACGUCUAGAAUUGCAGAAAAACUGAAUUACCCACAUAUUUUUGUUUGUUAUGAAUAAUAAAUAUUCAGUUUCCUUCUCUUCAAGUUAAAACAUUGUUGUUUGUUGUUGUUUCUUCUCUUAUGGAGUGUUCUAUUUUUAGAGCUUUA